UCGUGUGCGUAACAUGUCGCUGCAUUUCGGGUGAUUCCUUGUAAAUGGCGGAAUUGCAUAUAUACUAGGCGUUACCAUCAUAUAAAACCCCUUGCAACACGACAAAAGAUAAGAUCUGCAACAGGAUAUAGAUCAUUACGGCUGGCGGAAGUCAUUUGUCUGCCAAAUCCACGAACAGUGUCAAGGUGGCAACAGAAUAUUGGUCUAUCACCAGGAUUUAAUGAACAAAUUUUGAGAAGAAUGGCAGUGUCCGCGAAAUCUAUGAGUAUGGUUGAUAGAAUAGUCUCUAUUCUUAUUGACGGUAUGUCAGUAAAACCUACUCUAGAAUAUCAUGCAAAGACAGAUCGAUUCCAUGGUAUGCCUGAUGACGGAGAGGUAAAAACAUUCGAGAACAACAACAUCUUCAGUUUGGCAAAUGAGGGGUAUGCUCAAAAUACAAGCAGUAACAACCAAUACCCUGAUCUACCAGUUGAUGUCGAAGAGGAACUGAAGAAGGAAAACGGGCUUCCCACCAAGUCCCUGCUAGGCCGCCAUGUUUUCGUGACCAUCAUCUUUUCCGCAAAGACGAAAACAACGAAGAAGUAUAUAAGUUCGUUGUUGCUAAAUAUCUGUGAUAUUUAGCUGUGAAAGUUGAUUUUUUUAUGUUUGGUUAUAAAUGUGAUAUCGUUUUGAAACGUGCGCUGCCAAAUUGUAAUACUGACUUUCACAAUCAAUGAAGUGUUGUAUUUUACUUCAUUUUGUUUACUUUGCUCUCACUGACUUGCUAGCUUUGAUGGCCCCGAAGGACUGAGAUGUUGGUUACGAUCAGAGAUGCCAGAUAUUUUCAUAGAAAAUCUGUAUUGAUUCGUAUAAAAUAUCUGUAUUUAUUUGUAUUCGCUAAUAAAAUGAAAUUUCUACAGUACAAUUAUGUUAAAAGGUGUUAUUCCAAUAGAUUAUGGGUAUAGAGUGGUAGAUUAAAUUUCAUAUCUUAUAUUAUAUUCAUCCACGAAAUUUUAGUUUUUUUCUUAUCAACAACAAUUGAAUUAUGGUGCCAUAUACUUGUCUAAUUUGAAAAUGUUCACUUCAUAAGUUGAGAUGGCUUUCCAAAACCCAAUAUACAACGUCAAGUCAGGUAAUACAACUAUC